AUGCAAAAGGAAGUAAAGCAAUGGAUUAUAGAUCAAAAGUUUGCUUUAGCUAUCCUUGAGGAAACUAGGGUUAAGGAAGGAAAAGCUCAAAGAAUUCAAAGUAAAAUCAGAAAUAAUAGGAAGUGGUUGGCUAAUUACAGGUCAAGCUAUUUAGGAAAAAUCUGGGUUGGUUGGAAUGGCACUGUAUUUGAUGUCAAGUUGCUGAAAGAGGAUGCACAAUCUAUGUUAUUACAAGUGAAGCAUAUCCAAUCAGGUAUUAUUGUCUGUAUUACUGUUAUAUAUGCUACUAAUAAAGUAGGUGAAAGAAGGGAGUUGUGGAAAUCUCUUAAAGAACAAACUCUUACUGUUAAGGAUCCUUGGAUAGCUCUGGGAGAUUGGAAUAUUGUGAGGUAUAAUUAUGAGAAGAAAGGUGGGCUGAGAAUUCCCCAAGCAAGGUUGGAUGAAUUUAAUAGUCUCAUCUAUGACCUGCAGAUGGAUGAUAUCCCUAUUAAUAAUGGGGAUUGGUCUUGGUGCAAUAAACAAAAUUGUCAAGCUAGAAUCAAUGCUAAACUUGACAGAGUAUUGACAAAUGUUUUAUGGCCGCAAAAGUUCAAUGAUACCAAGGUGUAUUUAACUGCUGCAUCUUUGUUUGAUCACUAUGGUAUAGUUGUAAAGUGGCAUUUAAAUUGUUCAGAAGGACCAAAACCUUUUAAAUUUCUGAAAAUCUGGUGUCUACAACAAGAGAUGGUUAAUGUUGUGACUACAGCUUGGGAAGUUAUUGGUUCAGGUAAUCCUAUUCAUAUUCUUCAACAGAAAUUGAGGGCUGUUAAGGCUGCUGUCAAAGAGUGGAAUAAAGUCAGAGGUUUUGUCUCAGAUCAAAUUCAAGAAGUCAGAGAUCAUUUGCACCAAAUUCAAAUGGAACUUCUUCAAGAUCCUACACUGCAAGAUAACAUAAACAAAGAAAGGGAGGCUAGUGGAAAACUUCAGCAGACUCUUGAACUUGAAGAAAUUAUGUGGGCUAAAAAUCCAGGGUAA